AUGACAUCUCCAUCAACAAUUUCGAUGUUUACUCAACAAUAUACUCUCUCUACUAUUAUUAUUAUUGUUAUUAUGGGAUUAAUCGCUUGCCGUAAUGUUCGUCGCAUUAUUCGACGACAAGUACCUAUUGUUCGUCGUCGUCUAGAUCGACAAUUAACUAAACUUGUUCUUCUACGUGUUAGUUUUCUGAUUAUUUUUAAUACACCUUUUGUCAUUUAUCGUGUCUAUUCAAUUAAUAUUAUCAUCAAUCCGACAGAUUCUAUGCGAAUAGCUGUUGAAAGACUCGUUCAAGCAAUCAUAAAUUCAGUUUUAUAUCUUAAUUAUGCGGUAAAUUUUUAUAUAUUCUGGCUAUCAUCUUCACAAUAUCGUCGACAAGUGAGAUAUGUGUUAAUAAAAAAGUAUUGGCAACAAUGGAAACAACGGUUUCAUCCUCAUAACAAUCAGAUUGGUCCUUCUAAUGCUCCACCAGUGACUAGUAUUGAACUCGAAUAA